CCGCACGCACGCCGCAGACCCAACCGCUGCCCCCCCCCCCCCCCCCUCGAGCUCGCCGCCGCCGCCGCCGCCGGCCGCCCCGCCCCGGCAAGAUGGAGACGGUCCGGGCCCCCGCCGCCCCCGCCAUGUCCAGGCCGCGCACCGUGGAGGCCAUCUUCAGGGACUUCUCCGCGCGCCGCGCCGGCCUCGUCCGCGCGCUCACCUCCGAUGUCGACGACUUCUUCGACAGCUGCGACCCAGAUAAGGAGAACCUCUGCCUCUACGGCCACCCCGACGGGACCUGGGAGGUGUCGCUGCCGGCGGAGGAGGUGCCGCCCGAGCUGCCCGAGCCGGCCCUCGGCAUCAAUUUCGCCCGCAACGGCAUGAACCGCCGCGACUGGCUCUCCCUCGUCGCCGUCCACUCCGACUCGUGGCUCCUCUCCGUCGCCUUCUUCUUCGGGGCGCCGCUCACCGCCAACGAACGGAAGCGCUUGUUCAGCAUGAUCAACGAUCUUCCAAAUGUGUAUGAAAGUAUGGUUGACAGGAAGCACAGGGACAGGUCUGGUGUUGAUAGCAGUGGCAAAUCCAGGCACUCAUCAAAGCCAAAGCAACGAACUGAUGAUGUCCGCCCAAAGAACUCCAGAGCAGUUGCUCGAGAAGAAGACGACGACGAUGACGAAGAACACAGUGAAACCUUUUGCGGAAGCUGCAACGGCAUAUACAAUGCAAGCGAGUUCUGGAUCGGCUGCGACAUGUGCGAGCGGUGGUUCCACGGCAAAUGCGUGCGGAUAACCCCGGCCAAGGCGGAUCACAUAAAGCACUACAAGUGCCCUGAAUGCAGCAGCUCCAAGAAAAUCAGGCAGUAGGCGGUGGCCUGCAAGUCUGCUUCAGCCGUCUCUGACCCAUCUGAUCAAACUACACCAUGUUUCUUUUCUGCCCAAGGUCGCGGCUAGCGGAUGUGGAUUCCUCUAGAAACUGUGCUCCCUCCCAUGUGGUAGUCUCCUAGCCGUAGGUGCUGUGAAAGACUGAUACAUAGCUCAUACUCUCGUAGCAUUAUAGAUGUUUCCUUGGUUGUCAUUUGAUGUGUUCAUUCCCAGGUGUGGACAAUGUCGUCGCAACGUUUGCUGAUGAUGAUUGAAUUGUGCCUUGGUAGGCGAUUUGCUGA